CUGAUGUAGAGGAAGAGGGCGUGUUCAUUGCAUUUCGGCUGUGUUGAACUUCAGUAUUAUUCCUAAUGCCAAUAACUCGUGGUCGUAAAUUAUUAAUUAUAUUAAAUAAUACAAUUUAUGUGGUUGAGUGCAAUAUUUCAAGAAAAACCUGAAAGUAUUAAUUAACAAACGCAAAAUUCAUAUUCGUACACCCCUAAUUGAAACAUAUAGCAUUGGCGUAAAUUAAAAUUAGUAUUUAGUAGGAUAUCCCUUUUUAAAGUGGACAAAUUGUACCUGAUCCAAAGACAUACACUAUGAAUUUUGCUCUUAAAAUAUCAAUGUAUUUCUUAGCAUUUAUAACUCCGAUGAGGACAAGUUUUACCGCUCCAGCUGCAGCAAAACAUCUGCAGAACAUGACGGAAGCUUCACCGUGUUUAAAUGUGUGCAAAAGGUUUUCCUGUGAUAAAGACGUUUAUUUUUCUCGCGCCAUAUUUUCACCUCUCCAUCACUGUAUUUAAUAUUAAAUCUUGAUUCAACUGUGAAUCACGUCUCCAGAAUCAAAAAUUUUUAUUUUAGUACAUUCUGGCAAAUUUUCGUUGCACUUAUAUAAGGUUUUCUUGCAGCAGAUCUGCUACUUAUACUUGAAGUGAAACCUUUUCUUAAUUUGAUAAUUCAUACGAAAUAUUUCGGAGUGUAAUAAUAGUGUGUGUUGAUUUUGUGAUUUGAAUAUAAUAAAAAUGAGAGAAAAUGAGGCGUGUUUAAAUUUACAAUUUCGCGGAAAACAUAUUUUCAUGCUCCACAAUAACAAUAAUAAGUUGCCUCAAAGAUAAGAAGAACUAAUCGGCAAAAAGAUUAUGCCAGUGAAUAGGCAUGUCUUUCUCCUUAAGGUAUGAAGAUUACUCUUACAAUUCCCCACGGUUCAAGGAUAUGCGGCAGCGGCAGGCUCUCUCAUCAGCCUGGAAAGGUGUGGCAAUAUUGACAAAAGUUAGAGAGUAUCAAUAAAGAUCUUCACGUAGAGGAAGGAACACUUCCAGCUUCGGAGCAAGUUCCAUAAGCCAGGGGGCAGUUUUCCCGUUCUUACAGAGACAGGGUAGUCACACUUCUACAAAUCCCCUCCUUGAUGGUGUCCUGUAUCGCGAUGAGUUCCGACCCUAAUGUCUUUGCCGGAUAGUUGAGAAGCAGCGCUACAAUCCGUAUGUCUUUUAGAGCAUUAGGUACACAGUGUUGCCCCUGUCACCCCUGGCUUUCUUCUUCUUUUUUGCCUUUGGACUAUUGCGCUAUGAGGCGCUGUCCCUUCGCUACCUUAGCCACCUUCCCCUAGGCCGAUCUUAUCUGGUCCGCAAUUGUUAUGGUUGUAUUGUAGUUUGCUGUCUAUUCUAUUUUUAACAAUCUUCGGCUGACCGAGAUAAGCUGGCAUGUAUCGAGUUUUUGGGGAAAACGUAAAGGUUCACCGCUCCAGAAUCCCAUGACUACAAGGCCAUGGCGUUCUGGUGUUGGGAAGGCCCCGUUCGGGUACAGCGGAAUUUACUUCUUGGAUGCAAAUCAUCCAUUGGACGCUGGAGUCGUAUUACACCCUAGAUAAAGAGGUAGCAACUUUUGAUCAUCGUAUACACGCGGCCACUUGCACCCUGUCUAAGAAGUAAAUGAGUGCAUACAAGAUAAUUAAAAAGUGUAAUAUUGUUAUUAUGUAAUAAGUAAGUUUAUUGUACCGGGAGGAUUUGCGAAACUCUUGUGUUUUCAUUAAUGAAAACGUAGUAAAAUACAAGAGUCGACUAGAUUAUCUAAUUUGAACCCGACAAUUUUGUCCAGAGCCGUCACGUCAAGAGUUUUUAACUUUCUUGGAAUCUUUCUUUGCAUCCGUAAAAAAAUUUGGAAUUUACCGAAAAAAAGAUAUUUGCGAAAACCGCUCAAAACUCGAGAUCAUGAAGGUGUUGAUACUAAUAAAUGCGCAGAAUACUGAAAUGUUUUUAUUGUGUCACUCUGUAUACGAUUGUCUAUUCUAAGUUGCAAAAUGUGGCAUCACUGAUUAUUUGCUAUAAAAUUGCACAAAUAAAGUAAAGUGUUAGUAAAAUAAACUUAAGUUACGAUUUAUUUAAGCUACACUGGAUGUUCUAAUGGAGAUUUCUAAGUUUGUAUUAUUAUUCAAUGAAAUCUGUCUUCUACAAAAUAUCAGGACAGCCGCAUAAUUGUAAUCACGACCAGCGGCAAUGGCGCUCUUCACCAAAGCUAAUGGUGUGAGAGCUAUGCUGAGUCUGGUCGGGAUAUGGGUGUUGUUUAGCGCGUUCCUGAGCUAUGUAGAUAAUAAAUCUGCAAGUUACUCUACGUUCAGUAGACUAAGCAUUCGGCAUAUGCAUAACUUUACAAGGGGAAUUACAAUUGCGAAUAAAUCUUUAAGUGGUAAUAACUCUAAAGAACACGAUACUUUAAAUACGACUAACCUAACAGUACUCCCUCUUGAUUCCGAGGCUCAGAAGCCUAUUAUAUUAUUGGACUCACAAAAUGUUUCCAGUGAAUAUAACCAAACGAAUAAUAACAGGUUGGUCAGACCAUUGCAUUCUACCAAAAGAGAAAACGGAGCUACAGUGAGAGUAAGAUGUAAGGAACCACAAUAUGAUGAAAAUGAAGGGCCAAUAACCCCAAAUACAACUCUUGAAUCAUUGGACAUUGUGGAAGCUGAACUAGCACCUAUGUUGAAGCCGGGAGGAGCAUUUCUGCCGCAUGAUUGUAUUCCGAAGGAACACGUCGCAAUAGUCGUACCAUUUCGUGAUCGUUACGCCCAUUUAACCGUGUUUCUAAGAAACAUUCAUCCAUUUUUAAUGAAACAGCAUAUUGCCUACAGAAUAUUUCUCAUCGAGCAAACCAAUGGGAAAGCAUUUAAUCGGGCUGCGUUAAUGAACAUUGGCUUCUUAGAAGCGUUAAAAAUAUUUCCAUGGGACUGUUUUAUAUUCCAUGAUGUUGACUUGUUACCUCUGGAUAAUCGAAACUUUUAUACAUGUCCGCGGCAACCGCGCCACAUGUCAGUCUCUAUAGAUACUUUAAACUUCAAGUUGCCUUAUCGUUCAAUUUUUGGAGGAGUAUCCGCUAUGACUCGUGAACACUUUCAGCUAGUGAAUGGCUUUUCGAAUUCGUAUUUUGGGUGGGGUGGUGAAGACGACGAUAUGUCGAAUAGAUUAAAGCAUGCCAAUUUGUUCAUAUCAAGAUAUCCUGUUAAUAUAGCACGUUAUAUGAUGCUAAAACAUCCCAAAGAAAAGGCUAAUCCAAAAAGAUAUGAGAAUCUCGUAAAUGGAAUCAGCAAGAUGGAAAUGGACGGUAUAAAUUCCAUAAAGUAUGAAAUCUAUAGCAUAAAAGAAUUUCCAACUUUUACUUGGUAUCUAGCAGAAUUAAAAAUCUUCGAUCAAACAAGUUAAUACCUAUAGUAAUAGAUUAAGAAAAUAGUGAUUCCUCAAAUAUUUAUUUAGUUUUAAAAAAAAGUUAACAAAUACACUUGUUUAUUCUUAUUGCUCUACCCAUAUUUAAAACUCAUUUAUUACAAUUAUUAUUAAUACACACGAAUAAAAUAAAUAUAUACGAUUUUGUAA